GAAAGUGUCGUUCGAACUCACUCCUCGUGCGCACCCCUUUCGUUUGCCUUGGCUCCUCCCCAUCCCGAUCCACUCGAGUCCUUCUCCUCUGGUUGUUUGAACGAGGCAGCGGGCGGAAAACCUAGACGUGGAGGGGGAGGGCGAGGGAGGAGCUGGUCAACCCCCGCUCCAUCGCGGUCUGAACUGCCGAAAUGGCACAGCAGCUUCGGCAGCAGCUGGAGGAGGUGGGAUCGAAGCUGGAGAGCCUUCCGGCGUCCAAGGACGCGCUAAUUAAGCUACUCAAGCAAGCUGCAAACUGUCUAUCCGAGAUAGAGCAAUCACCAGAACCUUCAGUCUCAGACUCAAUGCAGUCUUGUCUUAAUGCAUUUGCCCAAAAAGAGCUGUUGACACAUCAAGAUCGUGAUGUAAAAGUUCUCGUAGCAACCUGUGUAUGUGAAAUCACCAGAAUAACUGCACCUGAUGCUCCUUAUAGUGAUGAUGUUCUGCGGGAUAUAUUUCAUUUGAUUGUUGAUUCCUUUGUGGGAUUAGGUGAUAUUGACAGUCCAUCAUAUGAGAGAAGGGUUGUUAUCCUAGAGACUGUUGCCAAAUACAGGUCAUGUGUUGUGAUGUUGGAUCUUGAAUGCUAUGAUCUCAUACUGGAAAUGCUCAAAACAUUUAUUUCAGUUAUCAGUGAUGGUCAUCCCCAAAACAUCCUUACGUUGAUGCAGACUAUCGUAACACUUAUUCUAGAUGAAAGUGAGGAAUUACAGGAAAAUCUUAUUGUAAUCCUGCUUUCAGUGUUGGGUCAUAAAAGAAAUGGUUGCUCUAUGGCUGCACGGAGACUGGCUAUGAAUGUUAUAGAACGUUGUGCAGGAAAACUUGAACCAUUCAUAAAGCAGUUUCUUGUUUCUUCACUGUCAGGCGAUGGCAAUUAUUUGAAUUAUUCAAUUGAUCAUCAUGAAGUUAUCUAUGAUUUGUACCAGUGUGCGCCGCAAAUUCUGGCAAGAAUAAUUCCUUAUGUAACAGGCGAAUUGUUGACAGAUAAGUUAGACAUUCGGCUUAAAGCAGUUCAACUACUGGGAGAAUUAUUUUCUUUACCUGAGAUACCUGUCUCUGAAGCUUUUCACCCUGUCUUCGAUGAAUUCCUGAAGAGAUUGACUGACAGAGUAGUUGAAGUCCGUCUCUCUGUCAUUGAUCAUUUGAAGAAUUGCCUUAUUACUAAUCCUGAACGUCCUGAGGCUCCUCAGAUUAUAAAGGCACUUUCUGACAGAGUGUUGGAUUAUGAUGAGAAUGUUCGACAAAAAGUUGUUGCUGCAGUUUAUGAUUUGGCUUGUCACUCUUUCAAAGUAAUUCCAAUUGAGACUGCUAGUUUUGUGGCUGAGCGUCUGCGAGACAAAUCUUUGACUGUAAAGAAGUAUACCAUGGAGAGGCUUGUUGAUCUGCACCGACUAUAUUGCUCAAAAAGCUCUGAUGGUUCAACAAAUUUGGAUGACUGUAGAUGGAUACCAGGGAAGAUAUUGAGAUGUCUAUAUGACCGAGAUUUUAGGUUGGAAGCAGUUGAACUUAUCCUUUGUGGAUCUUUGUUUCCGCCUGAGUUACCACUCAAAAAUAGGGUGAAACAUUGGGUGUCAAUCUUUUCGGUGCUUGAUAAAUUCGAGAUUAAAGCCAUUGAGCAGAUUCUUUUGCAAAAGCAAAGGUUACAGCAAGAAAUGCAGAAGUAUCUGUCUCUUAGACAGACAUAUCAGGAAGAUGCAUCUGAAUUCCAUAGAAGAAUUUUUGUUUGCUUCAAGAGCAUGUCUCGGUUGUUCAAUGACCCUAUGAAGGCUGAGGAGAAUUUUCAGUUUCUCAAUCAGUUGAAAGAUGCUAAUAUUUGGAAAAUCUUGACAACACUUCUUGAUCCGUCCAUUAGUUUGCAGGAAUCAUGGUCACGUCGGGAUGAGUUGCUUAGAAUUCUUGGUGAGAAGCAUCCACUUUAUGAUUUUAUGAAUACACUUACUUUGAAGUGUUCAUACAUACUCUUCAACAAAGAGUUUGCCAAAGAGAUACUAUCAGAAGCUGAUGUUCAACAUUCUGCUGGAAAGACGAAGCUUAUUUCCUCCUGCAUGAACGUGCUUACGGUCAUUUCAGGUUAUUCUCCCUUGCUUUUAGCUGGCUGUGAAGAAGAUAUUCUUCUUCUUCUGAAAGUAGACAAUGAAUUAAUUAAGGAAGGUAUUGCUCAUGUUCUAGCAAAGGCUGGUGGGUCCAUUCGUGAACAACUGACAAUGACUUCAAGCUCGGUUGAACUUCUUUUAGAAAGGCUGUGUCUAGAGGGUACCAGGAAGCAGGCUAAAUAUUCUGUACAGGCCCUAUCAGCAAUAACUAAAGAUGAUGGUCUCAAGUCACUCUCUGUUCUUUACAAGAGGCUUGUGGAUAUGUUGGCGGAGAAAACACAUUUACCAUCUAUUUUGCAAUCACUUGGAUGUAUUGCUCAAACUGCUUUGCCAAUUUUUGAAACCAGAGAGGAUGAAAUUACUGAGUUCAUUACCAGUAAAAUCUUGCAGAACAGAAAUAAGGCUGAUGAAGUUUCUUUAGAUAAUACUCAAUGGAAUGAAAUAUCUGAACUGUGUUUGAUGAAGGUGUUCGGUAUCAAAACAUUGGUAAAGAGUUACAUGCCUGCUAGAGAUGCUCAUAUGAGACCAGGAAUUGAAAAGCUUCUGGAAAUUCUUCAGAAAAUACUUUCUUAUGGGGAAAUCUCAGAUGAAAUAUGGUCAAGUGAUGUUGAUAAAGCUCAUAUGAGGCUUGCUUCUGCAAAAGCUGUUCUUCGGUUAUCAAGAUAUUGGGACCAAAAAAUAACUACUAGUUUGUUUUAUUUGACUCUAAGAAUUUCUCAGGAUGCUUAUGCUGAAUCUAAGAAAUCAUUCUUAAACAAAAUACAUCAGUAUAUAAAGGAACGGUUGCUGGAUGCAAAGUAUGCUUGUGCCUUCUUACUUAGCUUUAAUGAUUUUCACUGCCCUGAAUACGAAGAGUGUAAACAGAGUCUACUUGAACUUGUACACAUAUGUCGGCAAUUUAAAAUGCGGCAACUAUCUGCACAAUCUGACUUGAAUGCCACCCCAGCUUACCCAGAAUAUAUUCUUGCCUACAUGGUCCAUGCUCUUGCUCAUGACUCUGCAUGUCCAAAUAUUGACGAGUGCAUAGAUGUUCAGGCAUUUGAACCUAUUUACUGGCGGUUGCAUUUAUUUCUUUCCUUGUUGUUGCAUGGUGACAAUGGUAACCAAUCUGGUGCUUUUCCAAUCCAGAGAAAGGAGAGCUAUAAUAUAAUCCUUUCCAUCUUUCACAGUGUUAAAAGCGCCAGUGAUGCAGUUGAUGAAACAAAGUCAACUACUAUACAUGCUAUAUGUGAGCUUGGGCUCUCAAUUUUGAAGAAACUAGUGCCUGAGCUUCAGGUCUCAGAGAUUGAUGUAGUUCCCUUGCCUAGCAUGUUAUUCAAAGCCAUCGACGGUAGCCCUAAUGAUAGCAUGACGGAUGACAACAAACGGACGUGGUUGAGUAGUGAUAGUGCCUUGGCCCAUUUUGAAGCUCUUAGACUUGAGAAUAAAAAAAUGGGUGACUCAGCUGUUGCAGAUGAUGGAAUGAUUAUAGAAGAGAAUGGAGAUGACAAUGAGGUUCCUCUUGGGAAGAUGAUGGAAAUUCUCAGAAAUCAAGGAGCCAAGAAGAAGAAAAAGAAGAAACAAGUGAAAAAGGACAUAUUUGAUGAUCUGGAAAAUAUUGACAGCGAGUUUGACAUUCUGGGUGUGGUGAGAGAAAUAAAUUUGGACAAUUUUGAGCAAGCUCAAGACCCAGCAGAAAUACUUACAGAUCAGAGUCGCAGAAGUGAAAAGGUGUUUGGUAAAAUCAAUACUGAGAAGGAAAUAUCAUCACCAAAAAGAAAACAAGAUGUAAUUGGGUUUGAGGUGCUCGUACCUACUCCAAAACGCAAAAGAUCAAUCUCCACGAGUAGGCCCAAUUCAUCAAAGGGUUUGAAGGGAAACACAAAGAUAUCUCCCCUACAUUCUUUGUUAGAGCGGAGUUUGUUUGAGGAGGACAAGACUGAAACUAAAACUGAUCUACUCUCAUACGCGUCUGACAUCUCAUCCAAGAAAGGAAGAAAAGUUUCCAAUGAAGUGCAUGUUAAAAAAGAUGCAGAUAGCUCUUCAGAGAAAUUGGCAUUACCAGAUAACAGAAAGAAAGGUGAUCAAUCGAGAAGUACAACUAGUUCAACCAAAAAACGUAAAAGAAGAAGCAUUGCUGGUUUAGAAAAGUGUACGUCACUAAUAGAUCAAUCAAAUGAAUCCGAGUUAGUUGGUUCCAGAAUAAAGAUCUGGUGGCCAUUGGAUAAACGAUUCUAUCAAGGUGUCGUGCAAUCCUAUGAUCCAGAAAACAAGAAACACAUGAUUCUUUAUGAUGACGGAGAUGUGGAACUUCUUCUUUUAAGCAAAGAAAAAUGGCAAAUCGUCGAUAACUCUCAUUCACCGGCAAAGCAACUAAAAUCCCAUCUUCCAUCAGUGUCUAAAGACAUUUCACCGGAGUCUGUAAAUAACAAGAAUAACCAUUCCGAUCCUGGAAAAAAUAAGGAGAGCAGGAAUAAAGAACUUGACAGGUCUUCCUCCUCUAAGGCAAAGAAAAUGGGUUCUACUAAAAAGAAAGCAGAGGAAAGCAGCAAACCAGUGUCAAUGAGCAACACUGAAGCAGAUCCUAGUCCGGGCAGUAAGGAUGAGUCGGAGGAGAGGGGCAUUCUUCAGUCUGAGUUCAAUUAUGCAAAAUCAGCCUCACCAACCUCCGAAACAGAAGAGAAAACAAAAACUGAAGAGUUGGGUGAUGAGGACAGGUCGCCAAAUUUCUCAGACACCAAAGAUAACUCAGACGAUGAACCCAUUAAUGUGUGGAGGCUACGAGCAAUGAAGUCCACUUGAUCCUUCAAAUCCAGCCCUAACCCGAAUGUGCAUCUGCCAAAAUGCAGCUUCUAUUGCCAGGCAACCGCUACUACUAGGAUUUUCGACAUGUUGAUAAGACUAUGUAAAAUAACAGAUGCCGUAUAGUCCAGUGCAAAAUUUUAGGAAUCCAUCUAGGCAUGACUUGUUCAUGUGAACAAUCGAAAACUUGAUUACCUUUCUCGUGUUAGAUUAGUUUAGAUGUUUGUUAUGGAUUUGCAAAUCCCAUUCAUUGCCUCCAUGUGUUGUAUCAUGCAACUGCAUAAACUAGCAAAUAACCAACAUGUUAUUGAA